CAAAAGACUCAACUCGUUCGCGAACGUCAUAUUUCUGUUCCAUCCGCAAGCCAAGAUGGCAGCCGCUGUAGUACGAAGUGUCGGCUCCUCUUUGGGUAAAAACCUCCGAGAACUGCGAAUCCACCUCUGCCAGACGUCUGCUGCUAGCAAAGGGACCAGGGAUUUUGUGGAGCAGCAUUAUGUGGACCUGAAGCGAGCCAACCCAGACUUCCCCAUCCUGGUUCGAGAAUGUUCCGGAGUGGAGGCCCGACUGUGGGCUCGCUACGACUUUGGGAAGGAGCGCAGCCUCUGUGUUGACAACAUGUCUGCUGAUCAGGUGGCCCAAAAUCUGCACGCAUUACUUCAAUAAGCUGUGUUUUAUCUUGUAAAUGUAUUCAUAUUAAUAAAUAUUAUUGACACUGAA